AAGUGACCAAAAGGGUUAACGGAAGAAAACAAGGACAGCCAGGCCGAAGGGGAAGGAUUGAAACCCCAUUGAGAAUAAGUAGCGACGAGUCCAAAUUGGCGGCGGUGGCGAUCGGAGGGAUUACCCAGAUAACGAAGAAUUGACGGAGGUGACAAGAGGAAAGGACAAGACAGGUGUGGAAAAUACUAUUGCUGUUAUUUAGUUAAACACUAUCAGGAAACUCAAAAUGACAGCCUCCAAGGCUAAAGGAGAUCUGCAAGGUCUCCAGAGAAGACCCUCGCUGGGUUCAGCAGAAGUAAGUUUCCGAGAUAUGAUGGCGGAAUUACAGAAAAUUUCACAGAAACAAGACUUAUUCCAGAAGGAAUUAAGCGAGAUGAAUGCGAAACAGAACUCUCAACAACAGCUAUUUCAAGAGCAGUUUGAGGAAAUCAAGAAGGAAAUAAAGGAAGAAGUAGGUCAGAUUAAAAGAGAAGUCGUACAAUUGAAAGAAGACUUUAGAAAGCUAGAAAAAGGAGAAACAAAAAGGGAAGAAGCCCAGAAAAAAAUACAAGAAAAGAUUAGGGUAUUAGAUUCUAAACAAGAGAAGUUGGCACGCAACCAAGAAAGACUAGAAGCCAAGGAAUUGGAAUACCAAUUAAGGUUUCGAAAUGUGCAAGAAGACCCAGAAGAGAAUAUAAGUCAAAUUAUAAUAGAUCUUUUAACAAAGUUACUGAAUAUCUCAACCACAAAACUAGAGCAAGAAAUAGAUCAAAUCUAUAGAAUUUCAACGAACUACUCCAGAAAAAAUAAAACUCCCAGAGUCAUAAUAGUACAUCUAACUAGAAAGAAAAUCCGAGAAGAAAUAUUACGAGAAAAUAGUAAAAACCCAAUAUACUACAAAGAUACAAAAGUGGCAGUGUUAAAAGAAUUCCCCCAAUCUACGUUGAUAAAGAGGAGACAAUAUUUUUUUUUAACGGAGGAACUAAAGAAGAGGAAAAUAAGAUUUAGGUGGGAAAGGAACAAGGGAAUUAUGACCACUUACAACGACCAAAAACAUUGGCUUACCUCGAUGGAUAAGGCUAAGGAAUUUUACAAGUUACUUAUGAAAGAAACGGACACACCACCAGGAGUACUGGAUAAAUCUAAAAAGACACCACCGACUCCGAGGCAAGAGAAAAAAAAAAGAGCUAGAUUUGUAUCACCAGGACAUGAAGACACAGAAACGGACCAAGACCAAGAUGACCCUGACACGGAAGAUCCAGAUAAGGACUUAGAUAAUUUCAAAUUGGACCCACACCUGAGACAAGAAGAUGAAUAAACAGCAAUUAAAGUGUAUAUCAUUAAAUGUUAAUGGCGUAAACUCUCCAAAUAAAAGAAAAAAAGUAUUCAACAAAUUAAGGUGUGGUAAUUAUGAAGUGAUAGCACUCCAGGAGACACAUAUUGCACAGAGGCAUAUAGCACAUUUAACAAACAAAAGACUAGGUAAGGAAUUCCUCUCCUCUUUUGAAAAAAAGAAAAGAGGGGUUGUUUUAUACAUAAAAGAAGAUAUUCAUGCAGAAUUGUCAUUUAAAGAUCAAGAGGGGAGAGUCGUAGCGGUACAAAUUACAAUUGGAAAUAAAAAGAUCUUAAUAUGUAAUAUUUACGCUCCAAAUGGCCCAAAAUCAAAAUUUGCGGAAAAAAUAAAAGAAAAGUUAGACAAAGAGGAAUUCGACAAAUUAAUUAUGCUGGGUGACUUUAAUGGAGUUUUGAAUAGUCAACUGGAUAAGAGUAAGAAAUUGAAAAGAGCACCAAAAGGUAAAAUUUCUACAUUACCAAAAAACUUUUUAGAUCUGAAGGAAGAAUUUGAAUUAAUAGAUGCAUGGAGAGAGAGGUAUCCGAAUAAAAAGGAUUAUACCUUCUACUCGGACAGACAUCAGUCAUGGUCGCGCAUAGAUAUGGUGUGGGUUACAAAUAAUCUUCUUACAUACAUUAGUGAAAUUUAUAUUCAACCAAGAGAGUACUCGGACCACUGUGCGGUGGAAAUGAUUCUGAAUCAUAAAUCAUACCAUCCUAAAUGGAGAUUAAAUGAAAACCUGCUAAAGAAAGAAGAGGACGCAAAAAAAUACAAAACAAUUUUCAAGGAAUACCUAAAGAUAAAUAACACAGAGGGAAUGAAUAUCAACACAGUAUGGGAUGCCUCAAAGGCAGUAAUGAGAGGACAUUUGAUUCAAAGCAAUGCGAGAAUGGCAAAGGCAAAGAAAAAAAACCUAAUGGAUAUUAAAAGGAGAAUAGCUGAUAAAGAGCGCGAUCUAAAGAAGAAUCCGGAGGAUAAAAAAUUAGACAAAGAACUUAAAAAGUUAAAUCAGGAAAAAUAUCAUUUGGAAUUAGAUGAACAAGCAAAACAAUUAAAAUUUAUUAAACAAAAUCAUUUCGAAAAUGCGAAUAAACCGGGGAAAUGGCUAUCUAAGCAAGUCCGCAAAAAGAAACAAUCACAAAAAAUAGUAAGAUUAAUGAAAGGGGACAGAGUAAUAAAUACGGAUAAAGAGAUCCUAGACGAAAUUAAAAGUUACUUUGAAAAACUUUAUACAAAAGACCCGAUCUCAAAAGAGGAGAUAGCUAAUUAUAUAGGGAAAUUCAAGUUACCUAAGAUUUCAGAAUUACAGAGGGAAAAUUUAAAUAAAGAAAUAACAGAGGAGGAAAUUAUAGCGGCAAUUAAUAACAUGGACCCUAACAAAGCCCCGGGCCCGGAUGGGUACACAGCGGGGUAUUAUAAGGUUCUAAAGCAAGAAUUUAUUCCAUUACUCAAGAACGUUAUGAAUGGGAUAUUAAGAAAUCAAGGAGUACCGGAUUCAUGGAAAACAGGAGAAAUAAUAGUAAUUCACAAAGACCAAACGGAAAAGACAGACAUACGUAAUUAUAGACCAAUUACACUCUUGAAUACAGAUUAUAAAAUAUUUACCAAUAUUUUAGCUACAAGAUUGAAAUUUUUUUUAAACGAUUGGAUAGGGGAGGAACAGUCAGGAUUCCUACCUAAACGUAACUUAAAAAAUAACAUUAGAACGGUGAUCGAUGCAAUUGAAUAUUUUGAAACUAACCAUCAGAAGGAAGCGGCCUUCUUGGCAAUCGAUGCAGAAAAAGCAUUCGACAAUUUGAAUUGGGACUUUUUUAAAUUGUUGAUGCAAGAAUUAGACUUAGGUUACCAAUUUAUGAACGCAAUUAACACGAUAUAUGAUAAGCAAUAUGCAAAAAUUCAAAUUAAUGGUCUAAUGUCGGAUGUAUUUGAAAUUGGGAAAGGAACCAGACAAGGUUGCCCCCUCUCCCCUCUCAUUUUUAUACUAUCACUGGAGCUUUUAUUAAAGGGUAUAAGAGAAGACAGCAGUUUAAAAGGACUAAAAGUGGCUAAACAAGAAUUUAAGGUGAGAGCAUUCGCUGACGAUCUAAUAGGUAUAAUUGAAAACCCAUGUAAAAAUUUAGAAAUAUGGCUGCAAAAAAUAGAGGAAUUUGGGAAACUAGCAGGCUUUCGAUUAAACAAGAAAAAAACAAUGAUCCUAACAAAGAAUGUAACAAAGAAGAAUCAAGAAUUAUUAACAAAAAAAACGGGCAUAAGUUGUGUGACUAAAAUUAAAUAUUUGGGAAUAUGGAUCACCUCAAAAAAUUCCCAACUCUUAACAAACAAUUAUACUAAUGUAUGGAAAGAAAUAAGGAAAAAUUUAGCAACAUGGAAAUUUUUAAAUUUAUCACUUCUGGGAAGGAUGUCCUUGGUCAAAAUGAAUAUUCUACCAAGACUUUUAUUCCUCUUUCAAAACAUUCCAAUAAUACGAAACAUUAAGUCAUUCAAAGAGUGGAAUAAGGAUUUAAUGAAGUUUGUUUGGAAGGGGAAGAAACCCAGGAUAAAAUAUACAGUAUUAAUUGACAAAAAAAACAGAGGAGGAUUUGGGUUUCCGGAUUUAAAACUGUACCACGAUGCCUGUGCCCUCGACUGGAUCAGACCAUGGAUGAAUCUUAACAAAGAAAAAAUACUUACAUUGGAGGGUCAUGAUCUGAGAGUGGGGUGGCAUUCGUACACUUGGUACGAU